AUGAUCCCAUUGAUGACCUUCGUACUUCUUACACAUUAUUUUAAUGCUGUCAUACCAAAUGUACUUAUGGUUAUGGCGAAUUCUUCAGUGGAAUAUAAAUUACCUUAUAAAAUAAGGCCGUUAUUUAAGCCGUCCGAUGUAAAAAGAUAUGUCUUUGGUUGUAUACAUGAAUUUUUUGGCAUAACAUUGGUCCUUUCCGCUUACGUCGGAACUGAUUGUUUAUUGACUUCUUCCGGUUUUCAUCUUACCGGCCAAUUAGCCGUAUUGAAGUGUAAAGUGAAAGAAAUUUUAAACGAUACCGAUGGUUCUCAGCGGGGAAUACAAAAAAUUAUACUUCGACAUUAUCAUUUGAUAAGAUUAGCGGAUAUAUUGGAAGAUAGUUUUAACAUGGUCAUGUUUCUACAUUUGUUAGGUUCAACGAUUUUAAUUUGUACGUCGAGUUAUCAAAUGCUUGUCAGUUUAGCGGUAUUAGAAAAAGUCUAUAUAUUUACAUUCGUUGUAUAUGUUUUUCACUUGUCGAUCACAGUGUUCGUUUAUUGUUACAUGGGGGAAUGUCUUAUCGAGGAAAGCACGACCCUGUGCGAAGAAUUUUAUCAUUGUGACUGGUACGAGCUCUCGACGAACGAUUUGAAAUCGAUUUGUCUUUGCAUGAUUCGCGCUAGGAAACCAUUGCAAUUGACUUGUGGAAAAUUUUGCGCUGUAUCCUUGUGCACUUUUACCGACAUUUUGAAGUCAUCGAUGGCGUACUUAUCAGUAGUACGAACAAUGGUGUAAACAAUACUGUAAAACAAUUAGUCUUGAAUAAUUA